AUGGCUAACAGCAAGAAUCCCAUAGAGCAGUUGGAACUUCGCCGGACUUGGGUCCAGCAAGUAGAUGGGGUUAUAAGGGAAUUCAGAAGACUGGUUAUUGAUUGUCAAGUACCCGUUGCACGGCUUGAAGCCUGUCAUGAACAAGCUUUCGCCCAUUUUCUCAAUGUUAAAGCCCAGAAUGAAAUGAUCGUGAAUUUGCUGCUACGUUGGCGCGCUCUGCCUCUCUUACACAAUCUGAUUCUCGAUCUAUCAAGACUUCUCAAUCCAUACGGCUUGCAGCAGAAAGAACCAGAGUCAAGAAUCAAGCUGAUCGCAGAUUGGCAACCAAGAUUCGAAAGCAUCUUAGGGUUCAUUUUGACCAUUAGUAGAUGGCUAUGUCCGCAACCGACCUCCGAACCAUACCGGACCGAUGACCAGUUCCAUAACGGAGUAAAAUCUUAUAGGCUUCAGAGAUUGAAAGCAAACCUUUCUCAAGCCCACUUGGAGAUUUCUCGAUGCUGUAAUGUGGCCUGUGAUCUCCUCGAACACAGUCAACAAUCAGGACAAGUAUCUCAGUACCAGAGAGACACGUAUGUCCGGGUGCUACGGUUUACAAAGCAGGCAGUCAAGUCGAUCAGGGAUGCUGACGAAUGCAUGAGAGGAUCCGAAUUGGAUGUGGUUGAAGCUAGUUGGAGAGAGCAGAUAGACCGGAUCGACGGCCUUUUCCGGGACAUCGUUAUAGCUGCUGCCGCCUCCGAACACGACUGCCUAACAAUUGGCAUUCAACCGGCCCAUGAGUACAGGCUAAUAAUACUCGACCGCAGUCGAUUCCUCAAGCUCGUUAAAUCGGCAAUCCCGAUGAUCAAGAUCUCCAAGCUUUUGUUCACCAAGAUCUCGAAGCGCGGGAUGAAUAGGAAACCGCUUGAGUUUUCUACGGAGAUGUGCUCUGAUCAAAUCAAAUCUCUAGAGCAAACGGCCUCAUACGUCUUCCAGGAUCUCACUCAACUCUUUAUCCUACUGCGUAGAGCUCAUAAUGGGGCUCAGGUGCCUUUGACUAGUCGUGAUUUGAUUGUAGUAGCCAGAAGACUCCAAAGCCGCUUCGAAGCUCCUCUAGCUAUUCUACUCCUUUAUCUGAUUCCUGCGAUCCCGGAUACCGAGGGCUUCCCACUUCAAACCUACUACAAGGAUUGGUUGGUCACUUGGAAUACUCAGCGUAUCUUGGCCACCAGGAACUUCAUCAAUGCUGCUCGAUUAGUUGGCACUCAUCCAUUGUAG